AUGAUAGGGGAAGACAAACCUGGCCAGCACAAAGCACACGGCUUUGCCGCAUCUGAACCGCUUAUACAUAAUCGGUUGCCUGUGGUAGCCGAAACGAACUUGCGAAACCUCCAUCACACUACAAAGAUACCUUUCCUGGCGCCCAAAUCAACUGUGCAGCGUCGCCACACACAGCGAACUUCUGGCAUCGAGUCUGAGUCUAGCAGGUCGCGAGGCCUUACUGCAGGAUGCCCGAGUCCAGCAGGUCGCGAGGCCUUACUGCAGGAUGUCGGAGUCGCCAUACAUGGUGGUUCAGAGCUUGAACCAGGUGCAACUUGGCCUGCGAACGUCCGAGGUACUCCUACUCCUGGUUCCGGUCAAAAUUCUGUGGACGUCGAUGCGCAGACCAGCAUUAAACAGGACACAAUCCCCAUGCAGACGUACCCCAUCAAUUCAAUUAUAGGACAUAUACAUGGUUUAUUGUCGGUCGCAAGCGGUCGAGAGACAGAUAUCAAGUCAGGGUUGACCGCGCAGUACGACGUCUAUUUUGGACUUGGCAAGCACAGCUUCUGGGAGUUUGUUCGCAGCGUGCGUACAACACUCGAAGUAGGUCUUGGAGACUUGGAACAUUCCUGUGUCCCGGUCCCCAGCGUGUCUCAGCAAACGCCUCUACCUCUCAAGUCACACUAG